CGUCGACUUAAGGCACAGUGAGUGCUGUGUGAGGACUGGGAGGUAGUGAUAGCCAGCGGUUCAUAGCAAUAGGACUGCAAUAAAAGCGCAUAAAAGCCGGCGAAACACCACUUCUCCUCUCUUUCUCGUCAUUUAAACUAAAUUUAAUUUUUACUCUCAUUUUGUUUCUUAUUAUUUAUUAUUCAAAUUAAUAGUUAAUAUAAAAGUUGUAUUUAUUUCUAAUUAUAUCGCAAUUGAAUUGAUAACAAAAAACUAAUUUAUAAGUCAUUUUGAAAACACGCUUUCCGUUUGUGAUAACAAAGCAAUCGUUUCCUUCAUAACCCAAAAGACAUUUAACUCCCGAAGAAGACAUGUAUUCAACGAAAGGUUUAUUAGUAUUAUUGGUGUCAGUCGUGGGCAUCGCGACGGCGUCGGACGUGUUGGACCUGAGCUCCGGUGACUUCAAGGCGACCGUCGGACAGCACGACACCAUUUUGGUGGAGUUCUUCGCCCCCUGGUGUGGACAUUGCAAACGACUGGCCCCCGAGUACGAGACGGCCGCCACCAGUCUCAAGAACAACGACCCGCCCGUCCCUCUCGCGAAGGUCGACUGUACCACCGAUGCCGGCAAAGACAUCUGUUCGGAGUAUGGAGUCACUGGCUAUCCCACGCUUAAGAUCUUUAAAGGCGGCGACUUUGCGUCCGAAUACGGCGGACCCCGAGAGGCCGAUGGUAUCGUCAAGUACAUGCGAUCACAGGUGGGACCCGCUUCCAGACUCGUCGAAAGUCGCGCCAAAUUAGAAGAGGCAUUGAGUAAAGCGAAGGAAGUGAUCGUUUUGGGAGUGUUUGAAAAGGACGACAAGUCUGCAGUUCAGACCAAAUUCCAAAAGACUGCCGACAAACUGCGAGAAACGGUUAACUUUGUGCACGUCUUCACCGAUUCCGUGGCCGACGUGUUUGAUCUGAAGGUUUUCGCCGACCUGAAGGCCAAGAAGGCGCCGACCAUUCUUGUCGUCCGACCCAAAGAGCUUAAGAAUAAGUUCGAGUCAAAUGUGGUUCAGUAUACCGAUGGCGAUGUCGAGGAGUUCAUAAAAACUAAUUUCCACGGAAUCGUUGGCGUCAGGACUCAGAACAACAACCAGGACUUUAAGAACCCAUUGGUCGUUGUAUACUAUGAUGUCGAUUACGUGAAGAACGUUAAGGGAACCAAUUAUUGGCGAAACCGAGUCCUGAAAGUGGCCCAGAAUUACAAGGACUUGCAGUUCGCUGUAUCUAACGCUCAAAACUUUGCGGGAGAACUGGAAGAGUUCGGUCUCGAGAUCCCUAAGGAUCGCGACGCGACCCCUGUUGUCGGUGCCAAAGACGCUCAGGGAUUGAAGUAUGCGUUCAAAGAGAAGUUCUCUGUCGAGACCUUCGAGCAGUUCGUCAAAGACUUGAAGAAUGGAAAGCUUGAGGCCUUCGUUAAGUCCGAAGAGGCGCCCACUGAUAACGACAGCGCAGACGUGAAGGUGGCUGUCGGCAAGAACUUUGAUGAGUUGGUCACCAAAGCAGAUAAGGACACUCUGAUCGAGUUCUACGCGCCCUGGUGUGGACACUGCAAGAAGUUGGCGCCCACUUUCGAGGAAUUGGGCAAAGCCCUGAAGGAUGAGCCGAGUGUGCAAAUAGUGAAGAUGGACGCCACAGCCAACGACGUGCCCCCGACUUUNAAUUAA